CUUUUAACACUUCCCUCUCUCUGUCUCUCGUCAAGUUUCCUAUCAUGGCUGACCGCACUGCUCCCCAUAGAACUUCAAGACCUUCAGCCACAACCAACACCUCCACCUUUCUACGUAAACUGCAAGCUCAUGCUCCCAACUCAACCCAACUCUUCAGUUUCUUGACCCUCCUCAUCUCCGGUUCCAUUCUUCUCCUCCUCACAGGCAUCACCGUCACAGUCACAGUUCUUGUCCUAAUAUUUUUUGCUCCUUUGAUCAUCGUUUCCAGCCCUAUAUGGGUACCCGUUGGAAUCCUCCUCUUUCUUUCCGUGGCCGGAUUCUUGUCUGUUUGCGGAGUGGUGGUGGCAUUUGUGGGUGGAUUAUCAUGGAUGUAUAGGUAUUACAGAGGGAUGAACCCACCGGGUUCGGACCGUUUGGAUUAUGCCCGCAGCCGAAUCUACGACACGGCGAACCAUAUGAAAGAUUAUGCCAAGGAGUAUGGUGGGUACCUCCAGAGCAAGGUAAAGGAUGCAGCUCCUGGUGCAUGAUGAGGUGGUGAUGAAUCGGGUCAGAUUUGUGGUAGGAGUGGAUUUUUGAUGAAGUGGGUGUUCCUUAUUUUUAUCUUUUUUUUUUUUUUUCCUUCUGGUGUCCAUUUAGAAAAUGGAAUUUAUUAUAUUGUUUGGUUAUUUAUUUAUAGCUAAUUAUUGAUUACUGUUUUUGCUUGGAA